AUGGUUCAAGCAAAACCGUUCGAAUGUAGGCGACCAAUCAUCCAGGAAUCGGUUAAGGGGCUGAAAAUGGCCUCAUUCAACAUUCAAAAUUUCGGUGUGAAGAAGACCCGGAAUCCCGAAUUAAUGGCCGUUCUUGGAAAAAUAAUCCGACGUUACGACGCUGUCUUCAUCCACGAGAUACGAGACAAGUCUCAGUCGGCUUUCCAAGCUCUUUUGAACGCUGUCAACGGCAACGAAAGGACAUGGUCGAAUGCACCUACUGGCCCUCGGGGAAGACCUGAUAAAAUUGAACUGGCCGGCAACUACACAAUGAAUGGCCUCGAUAAGGCAUUCGAGAGACCGCCGUAUUGCUAUUUGCUGUCCGCAAAGAAGAUAAGUUGUCUCUGCUUGCUGUUAACCUCGUUGUCUGUAGCCUUUGACGGCUUCAAGUUCGCCUCGUUGGCUGUUCACAUUGAUCCUGACGUUGUCUUUGCGGAGAUGGAGACUCUCUACAAAGUUGCACCGAAAUGUGUGGCGAUGGCACAUACCGAGAACCUGAUUAUUUUGGGUGACAUGAAUGCCGGCUGUGGUUACCUCUCGAACCGCAAGAGGGAACUCCUGAGCCUGAGGCGAGACACCACCUACAAGUGGCUCAUCGGUGACGACGUGGACACUACGGUGGCCAAAUCGAAGUGCGCCUACGAUAGGUUUAUUUGCAAAGGGGCUGAAAUAAUCGGCCGUGUUUCUUCUGCUGGUGUCUUUAAUUUCCUGUUGGCUUACAACUUCACUGUCGAGAAGGCGAAGACUAUCAGCGACCACUUCCCUAUUGAACUGGAUAUCUCAUGA